GGUGCGGGACGUGUGCCCGUCGAGGCCGCUGCCGACCGGACUUCGGGAUAGUGUGUGCUCCGACAACGCUUACGACCGGUCCGCGAGAGCCGAACAAAAUGACCGAACGAUAUCACAAUAUUCGAAUGGCCCGGCCACGAGAUGCCAUCGUGGUGCUCAACUUCAUACUCGUGUACUUUGUCGUCGCCACCGUCUCUUCCGACGGUUUACCGGGCUUGACCGGGUCCAAGAUCGAGAUGACGCCGAACAACACGAUCCAAUACUUGCAAUUUGAAGAUUUAUCAUUCAAUCUUACGGAUUUUACGAUCUGCACGUGGAUAAAAAUGUUGAAUUUCACACACACGCAAACCAUAAUCCGACUUACAGGAAACAAAAAAGAGACGCUGGUGUUGUGGCGGAUGCACGUUCACCCCAAAGAAACUAUGAGAGUGACGAUCAAAAACCGACUGGUGGCCUCGGAGAGCAUGCAACUGACCAAGGGACAGUGGCACCAUGUGUGCUUCCAGUGGAAGGGUUUGACCGGCGUCUGGGCAACGUUUGUCAACGCCAAAAUCCAUUCGGUCGGACAAAUACCUGUCGUCGGCAAUGACACGAUGUCAUCGAAUGCGUGGACUCUGCACGGAAGUGGCAUCGGAAGAGUGGGCGACGACAGCGUGCCCUGCCGGAACGGUUGGCAAGCGUAUGGACUGUACUUGAGUGGAACGGUGGCGAAGGCAGUGGACGCGGCCAAUGCGGCCGGCAAGCCGCUGACGAACGCGACCACCCCGUCCGGAAGGACAAAGAAUAACAGCAAGCGGCAAGCGGUGUUCGACUCGGAAUCGGACGACACGGGCUCUGGCGGCGCCGGGCAGUCCAAAUCGUUUCAGUGGCUUACCAAGUCAUUCGCAUUCAUAAAACGCAUGUUCACGUUCGUCAUCAUACCGUUUUUCAAGUUUGUGCGAAACACGUUCUUCCAGACCCGUUCAUUGGACGAUACCGUGGUGGACGUGAGCGAAACGCACCUGACUGUCAGCGACGUCAAGUUCGAGCCACCGUCGUCUGUGGCCACGGCCACGGUGGCCGCCAGCGAGUCGACAUCGGGCGACGAGAGUGAAAACAAAGUCAACCGGCGAUCAUCAUCGUCGUCCAAGCGGGAAACGGACGACGACAGCCGCUGCGGUGGCACGCGGACCAACGACGAUCGAGUGACGGCGGCCGAUCUAGUGGCCGCAGGGUCGGCGCCGACGGUGGCCGUUGACGACGCGCUUUCGCCAAACGCCAAGCGGUACUUGCGGAUGGUCAGCGACGGCCUGAACGACGUGGGCGUAAACGCGGCGUUCGUCAAGCGAGCGUUCGCGUGUUGCAGCCGCGGGCCAUUCGAUCCGCAAGCCGACGUCGUGGUCAUCGACUGGGACCGGGCUAGGGCCCACGCGCACGACGUUAACGUGUCGCCACACGUCUGCGGACGGUAUUGACCGCCUGCAGCUCGCGCCUCUUCGUUUUUCCACCGCGCCAGUAUUUUUUUUCACCCUGUUUUCAUCGUCCCGACGACGCGCCACGUCUGGUUAUUAUUAUUGUUAUUAUUUUUUUUUUUUUAUUGUUAUUAUGUAUACGUCCCUGUAGAUCGACUCUCUGGUCGUACGUAUAUAAAGGGUCCAAAAAUCUGUCGGUCUUAAACAAACAUUCACCUCCCCCCCCCUCACAACACACACACACAGUUAUUAUAGGGUAGGAGGGUCGGUUUAUUGAUAAUCGAUGGGUUUAGUGUAGGUAUUUUAUUAUUAUAGCGAAAAGAAACUACAGAUUUCCCCCCUCCAAAGUCCACGAGAUAUUUCACAUAACGUUUCUCACAAGGGUUAUUCGAUAUGUUUACCCAGCUGUAUAUUACGGUAUAAUAUGAACAUGCAAUCUUUGAUCGAGUCACUUUUCAUUUUCAUUGAUACUCUCAUUUCGUUAUAUACACGUAUAGUAAAAACAUAAAAACACAUUAUUUUUUAAAAGAUUUUAUGUAUUAAUGAUAUUGUAUUCUGAUAUAGGUACUUAAUUCCAUAACUAAACUUUCGAUCCGACGUUACGUCUUACGUCUAUCAAGAAGAGCUAUAGUGAACGUACAAUGAUAUUGGGUAACUCGUAUAGGUACUAGUGCGACUUAUAUAAUAGAUAUAUUAUAUGAAAAAUAUUUUAUUAGAAAGUAUUCAUAAAUAAUAUUAUUUUAAGUUUGAAAUCGUCUUUAAAAUAAGCACUUAUUAUUUAUAUAUUCUAUAUUUAAAUACUUUUUAAUAAUUUUAUAUUAUAUUACAAGACUGUCGGAUCUAGGAUAAACCAAUGAAUAGUACUAUAAAUGAAAAACACAAUAAUAACGUGUUUAUCUAUACACUCCUAAAUAAACACUUAAACAUAAUAUAGUUAAGUAUAAUAAUCUUAUUGCCACCUCUAAAUCGCAAAAUUAUCACAUUUUUAUAAUACGAUAUUUUAUUGUAUACCUAGUUAUAACUUUAAAACAAAACGUUCUUACCAGUGGCGUUCCCAGCGGGUAGGCCUGGUAGUCCCGGGCUUCCGUUGUAUUCAAAUAGUUAUUAUUAAUAUUUUUCACAGCAUUGACUGUACCUACAUAAACAAAAAUAAUUAAAACCGGGCCUGUCCUAAAUUUUGAUCCUGGGCAAGCCUCUGAUUCCUAGCUACUAAUGAAAACUGCUAUAUAUUAUAAUAUGAUAAAAGUAGGUGCACAAAAAGUAAUAAAAUAUGUGUAAAACUUUAAACUUUCCGCCAAUCGAUAUAUACGUGACUAUAUAUAUUUAUAUGGCCGCCGUCGUGCGUAUAACAGGUGCAACAUGUUAUAGUAUAUAAUAUGGUGAGGUUUGUGAAUCUUUAAACGAUUGUAAAUGUGAAGUUGAUAAGCAUAUAAUAGAUCUAUAAGUACCCAGUUUUAUAAUUAUAAAAUAAUUUCGUCGGUUUACUGUGUGUCAUAAUGCAGUAAAUGCGAGUGAAAAAUCCUAAUAAAUAUAUAUAAUAACACUUAAACCGUAUCAUUGGAUCUUGCGAAAUAUUCCCGUCAUAAUAUAUUUGCUAAUACAAUUUAUUUUAAGAGUUAUACGCGAUUUUCGUACCCGAUGACAAAAUUCAGUAUAGCAUGUGAACCAGUGGGAAUAAAUAUUUUUCAGGUACAUUAAAUUAUUUUACUAAGACCUGGUAGGUACUCAGUACAUAUCCAACACGCGGGCCGUAUUUAUUAUUUUCUUCACAAGUUGAGAUAAUAAUUUGUUUGGAUAAUUAUUUUUUAUUCAAGUUCACGCUAUCACCGCAAUAAUAAUAAUUAUAAUAUAUGCGCGGUUUGCGAGUUGUUAUCGUUAAAUGAUUAUAUUUUACAUUUUCACCGUUAAACUUCGUCAUUGUUCGUAGAUGUUUAUAUUAUGUUAUUAUGUUAAUCGCGUAUUAUUUGUCGUCGAUAUCACAACUCGGCCGUCCACCGAUGUUUAGUUUGUAUGUUUUUUUUUUUUAAAUACGAUCACUCGUAGACUAUUUUAUCACAUAUAUAAUAAUAUUAUAUAUGCCGUUUGUAACAAACGAUUUGUUUAGUAUAUAUGUACAGUAACAGUAUAAUAAUAAAUUGUACAGCUCCGUUAUCGAAAAA